GAAGGCUCUUAUAUACUUAUACUUGUUAGAAUAAACAUUUAAAGACCAGCCUGUAAAUCCUUUAAAAAAUAUAGAGCUCGAAGGUUGCUAACUAACGUGAAAAGAAGAAAGUGAACACCUCAGGAACACAAAAAACACCUAGGAUAAGAAGCAAAGAUGGAAAUCUCACCCUUGCCCCACGAACUAAUGCUGAACCUUUUAAGCACAAAAAUGCAGUAAAAAGCGGAUAAACAAUAGUUAAAAGACGACAACAAGAUGACCCAAAAGCCAGGCGAGUGGGCUAGUGCCCUUUUGGCUCGUUUCGAGGAUCAGCUGCCGAACAGAAUUGGGGCCUAUGGCACGCAAGCCAGGAUGAGCCAGGACCAACUCGUAGCCUGUCUGAUCCACAUAUCCCGCUACCGUUUCUCCCUGGUAAUUUCUGGGUUGACUAAGAUGCUGCAAAGGGUUAAUGAGGCGGCCCUUCAAAACCGCCAUGAGCCGGAGCGCUGCUACUUCGAAUCGCUGGUUAUCAUACUGACCACCCUGGAACGGUGUCUGACCAACCAGACCAAGGACACAGCACGCUUCGAGGAGGCAAUGAAUGUGAAGCUCCUGCUGCGCGAAAUUUCCCAGUUUGUCGACGUUCAGAGCGACAACAAUCCGAAUGCUGCCCAGCUCAAGGCUCUGGCAUCCAAAGUGCUCUUUGCCCUGUCGCAGAAUCACUUCUCGGCGGUGUUUAAUCGCAUCUCGGCGAGGAUUCAGGAGCUGACAUCCUGCUCUGAGGAGAAUCCAGACUAUAAUGACAUCGAAUUGAUUCAACACAUCGACAUGGACAUGAUAAAGCUUACCAAGUUGCUGCAAGAAACCAUCACAAAGUUUCGAUCGAAACGUGCUCCUCCCUUGAUUUUACUUUACUCACUGGAGAAGGCUAUUUGGAACUGGAUUGAGUACCAUCCACAGGAGUUUCAAGACUUGCAACGAGGAACCAAUCGAGAUAUAUCCACCUGCUGGGAACCCCUCAUGGACUUUGUGGAGUAUUUUAAAACUGAAAAUAAAAAGAGCAAAACACUUGUGUGGCCACUCCAAAUGCUUUUGCUGAUACUGAAUCCCUCCUGUCUAGAAGCCGUCGUCAACGAACUGCAACAGUCAGAGAAGGAGAAAGAAAAGGAGAAGGAAAAGGUGGCCUCAAAAUCGGGCCAAUCCACUUCCAGGGACAAAGAUUUUUCUGCUAAACAGUUCAUUGAGAGCAUCAAGCGGGGACUAGGUCAGCACUCGCCAUCGAAGCAAGUCACCGAAUCCGCGGCCAUUGCCUGUGUAAAGCUGUGCAAGGCGUCAACUUACAUCAACAAUACCGACUCCAACAAUGUGGUCUUUAAGCUGGUGCAGUUUUUCAUUAACGAUCUCAAGGCUCUGCUCUUCAAUCCGGCCAAGCCCUUUUCCCGCGGCCAGGGUUAUAACUUUGCGGACAUCGAGCUAAUGAUUGACUGCUGGGUUUCGUGUUUCCGGAUAAAUCCCCACAAUAUCGAAGCGCUUAAAGUUUGCCUAAAUUUGUCCUCGCCGCAGGCCUAUCAUUUUGUCAUUGUUUGUUCCCUGCUAAGGUUGGCACACAUAUACGUGGACUUUCGCUUGCAGAACAAGAAUCCCUUUAGGAUUGUCAACCAACCCAGAUUGUCUUGGUGGCCACAAACUGAUGUGGUUCAUUAUCGCUCCGCUGAGUUGAGGGCUCUCUUCACGGAUACUCUUAAUAAGGCCACCCAGGGUUAUAUAGCCCAUACACCACUGCGAUACAUUACCUCUUUGACGCUCAAAUCGAAAGAUACCCAGAAGGGUUUGACCCGUGCUGAAGAGGGUCCCGCGCACAAAAUGUUAUUGUUGCUACUCGUGCGACUUAUUCAUGCAGAUCCCACACUUUUGUUGAAUACACAAGGAAAGGUUGCGCAUGAAGUACAGAGCUCCACCUUAGAGCUUAUUAAUGGCUUAGUUAGCUUAGUGCAUCAAACCACCAUGCCCGACGUGGCACAGGAGGCUAUGGAGGCGCUACUCGCUCUGCACGCCCCAGAAAAAAUAGAAGUUUGGAAUCCAGAGGCUCCCAUCAACACGUUCUGGGACGUCAGCUCUCAGGUCUUGUUCUCUAUUUCUCAAAAGCUCAUCCAGCACCAAAUUGCCAACUACACGGAUGUCUUAAAGUGGCUGCGCGAGAUCCUUAUCUGCCGAAAUACUUUCCUUCAGCGACACAAGGAUUAUGCACAUGUGGGGAGUCAGAUUGCCAUAUGCAAACAAGCUCACAUCAAGAUGGAAGUGGUUUUCUUUAUGUACCUGUGGAGUGUUGAUUUAGAUGCGGUGUUGACAUCGUUGUCUUGUUUUGGAUUGUUGUGCGAGGAGGCCGAGAUAUGCUGUAGUUCCGAUGAGUUGACAGUGGGCUUCAUUAUGCCGAAUUAUCACAUAUACCAAGAGUUGGCUCAGUUGUCCACAUCUGCAACUGACUCUCGGAUUUGUUUCUUCGACAACACUCAUGGAAAUGUGCUUAGCCGCCUUACACUCCAAAAGCGUAUCAUGACCCUGUUACGCAAGAUCGAGCACUGUGUGCAUGGUGUGCAGCCAGCCUGGGAGGAAACCUUUCGUAACUGGGAAGUGUCCAGCAAGGUCUUGCAAACUUAUCCCAAAUGUAAAGGCGAAGAUGGCCAAGCGGAGGUGUUUCAUCGUGGCAUGGGCAAGAGGAGAGCGAGUCACCAGAGCUCAGAGCACGAUCUGGAGGAGCAGAUCAACGAGUGGGCCAACAUGACAUGGUUCCUAUUGGCCCUGGGUGGAGUCUGUCUUCAUAAACGCAGCAGUAGCCGGCAAAUGUUGCUACAGCAAUCGCAGAACAAUGCCUCCUUAGGAUCUCUGGCUCAAAAUUCUCUUUACUCAAGCUCAACAAGUUCCGGACAUGGUUCUCUGCAUCCUAGUACGGUUUCACUAUCCACACUCCCACCAGCACCACCACAAGAUGUCAGCUAUUGCCCUGUAACACAAUUCGUCGGCCAACUACUGCGUCUAUUGGUUUGCAGCAACGAAAAAAUUGGCCUUAAUAUCCAGAAGAACGUGAAGGAACUUGUGGGCGAGGAAAUGUCCACCCAGCUGUACCCCAUACUGUUCGACCAAGUUAGAGCCAUCGUUGAGAAAUUCUUCGAUCAGCAGGGACAAGUGAACGUUAAUGUAACCGACAUCAAUACGCAGUUCAUCGAACACACCAUUUAUAUUAUGAAAUCCAUCCUGGAUCCCAAAGCCAGCAAAGAUCCCAACAAUGAUCAACCCUCGCCAUCAGAACAUUUAGGAGUUACAAGCAUCGAGGGCAUGAUGCUUGGAAUUGUGCGCUAUGUUCGCCACUUGGAUAUGACUGUGUAUGCCAUUCGAAUCAAGACCAAACUGUGCCAGCUAGUGGAGGUAAUGAUGAAGCGACGUGACGAUCUCGCCUUUCGCCAGGAGAUGAAGUUUCGGAACAAGCUGGUAGAAUACUUAACCGACUGGGUAAUGGGCACCUCUCAUCAAAUUGCGCCGCCCAGCUCAGCGGAUGCAGCUAUUCUCACCAAUACAUCACUUAUCUUUCGUGACCUGGACCAAGCCUGCAUGGAGGCAGUUGCAGCUCUGUUACGUGGCCUACCCCUUCAGCCGGAAGAAUCGGAUAGAGGCGAUUUAAUGGAUGCGAAGAGUGCCCUCUUUUUGAAGUAUUUUACUCUGUUUAUGAACCUGUUGAAUGAUUGUAUCGACAGCUCGGAAGCGGAAAAGGAGAUGAACAAUACUCCACUACUGCCUCCACGUCCUCGAAUGGCAGCUGGAAAGCUUACUGCACUGCGUAAUGCCACCAUCCUGGCCAUGUCCAAUUUACUAGGUGCCAACAUCGACUCGGGCUUAAUGCACUCCAUCGAUCUGGGUUAUAAUCCGGAUUUGCAAACCCGUGCCGCUUUUAUGGAAGUUCUAACACAAAUCCUUCAACAAGGCACUGAAUUCGAUACCCUGGCUGAAACGGUCCUAGCAGAUCGCUUUGAGCAACUUGUUCAACUGGUAACAAUGAUAAGUGACAAGGGUGAGCUCCCCAUAGCCAUGGCAUUGGCCAAUGUGGUGACCACUUCCCAAAUGGACGAGCUGGCCAGAGUCCUAGUCACCUUGUUCGAUGCCAAACACCUGCUUUCUCCUCUUUUGUGGAACAUGUUUUACCGGGAAGUGGAGGUCUCUGACUGCAUGCAGACGCUCUUCCGUGGAAAUUCGCUGGGCAGUAAAAUCAUGGCCUUCUGUUUUAAAAUCUACGGUGCGAGCUAUCUACAAAUGCUGCUAGAGCCGUUGAUUCGACCGUUGCUGGAUGAGGAGGAGGAAACCUGCUUUGAAGUAGAUCCAGCUCGCUUAGAUCCGACGGAGGAUAUUGAGCAUCAUAGGAACAACCUGAUUGCGUUGACCCAGAAGGUCUUUGACGCCAUCAUCAAUUCGUCGGAUCGGUUUCCACCGCAACUACGCUCAAUGUGCCAUUGCCUCUACCAAGUGCUAAGCAAACGCUUUCCAAACCUUCUCCAGAACAACAUCGGUGCAGUAGGCACGGUAAUUUUCCUGCGCUUCAUCAAUCCAGCCAUAGUGUCGCCUCAGGAACUCGGAAUUGUGGACAAGCAGGUGCACAGCUCGGCGAAACGAGGACUGAUGCUUAUGUCAAAGAUCCUUCAGAAUAUUGCUAACCACGUGGAGUUCUCUAAGGAACAGCACAUGUUGUGCUUCAACGAUUUCCUGCGUGAUCACUUCGAAGCCGGUCGACGGUUCUUUAUACAGAUUGCAUCCGACUGCGAGACGGUGGAUCAGACUUCGCACAGUAUGAGUUUUAUUUCGGAUGCGAACGUACUAGCCCUGCAUCGCUUACUGUGGACACACCAGGAGAAGAUCGGGGACUACCUAUCCAGCAGUCGAGAUCACAAGGCGGUUGGAAGGCGGCCGUUCGACAAGAUGGCCACUUUGCUAGCCUAUUUGGGUCCACCGGAACAUAAGCCUGUGGACUCGCACAUGAUGUUCAGUUCGUAUGCACGCUGGAGCUCCAUUGACAUGUCGUCGACCAACUUCGAGGAGAUUAUGGUCAAGCACCAGAUGCAUGAGAAGGAGGAGUUCAAGACCCUAAAGUCGAUGAACAUAUUUUAUCAGGCAGGGACAAGCAAAUCUGGGUAUCCUGUCUUUUACUACAUAGCGAGAAGAUAUAAGAUUGGAGAAACCAACGGGGAUCUGCUGAUCUACCACGUCAUACUCACGCUGAAACCCUUCUGCCAUUCACCAUUCGAGGUGGUCAUCGAUUUUACGCAUACUUGCUCCGACAAUCGAUUCCGCACCGAGUUCCUACAAAAGUGGUUCUAUGUCCUGCCCACAGUAGCCUAUGAAAAUGUUCACGCAGUUUACAUAUAUAACUGCAACUCGUGGGUGCGUGAGUAUACAAAAUUCCACGAUCGCAUCCUGGCACCGUUGAAGGGAAAUCGCAAGCUUCUCUUCCUGGAAUCGCCAAACAAACUUUCUGAUUUCAUCGACGCGGAACAGCAAAAAUUGCCGGGUGCGACUCUUUCGUUGGACGAAGAUCUAAAGGUGUUUAGCAACGCCCUGAAACUUAGCCAUAAAGAUACAAAAGUAGCCAUCAAAGUAGGACCUACUGCACUACAAAUUACUUCUGCAGAAAAGACAAAGGUACUGGCUCACUCGGUGCUCCUAAAUGAUGUAUACUACGCCUCCGAAAUUGAGGAAGUAUGUUUGGUGGACGACAACCAGUUUACCUUGUCGAUAACCAACGAAAGUGGCCAGCUUAGCUUUAUUCACAACGAUUGCGAUAACAUUGUCCAGGCCAUUAUACACAUUCGGAAUCGCUGGGAGCUUAGCCAGCCGGAUUCGGUGACAGUUCACCAAAAGAUCCGACCAAAGGAUGUGCCUGGAACAUUGCUGAACAUGGCGCUACUCAAUCUGGGAUCAUGUGACCCCAAUCUAAGGACUGCUGCUUACAAUUUGCUUUGUGCUCUGACCGCCACAUUUGACCUGAAGAUUGAGGGACAGCUCCUCGAAACUCAAGGUCUUUGUAUACCCUCCAAUAAUACCAUAUUUAUCAAGUCCGUGAGCGAGAAAUUGGCAACCAAUGAACCGCACCUAACCCUGGAAUUCCUGGAAGAGUCCAUACAGGGCUUCCAACGCAGCACUAUUGAGCUAAAGCAUUUGUGCUUGGAGUACAUGACGCCAUGGUUAAAAAAUCUUGUCAAGUUCUGCAAGUCCAAUGAUGAUUCCAAGAAACUAAAGGUCUCUCAAAUUUUAGACAAGCUCAUCAAUUUAACCAUUGACCAGAAAGAAAUGUAUCCCUCAGUCCAGGCAAAAAUAUGGGGUUCGAUUGGACAGAUACCCGAGCUCAUCGACAUGGUUUUAGAUAACUUCCUGCACAAAUCGAUCACAUAUGGCCUGGGAUCUCCGCAGGUGGAGAUUAUGGCGGACACGGCGGUGGCUCUCGCUUCAGCGAACGUCCAAUUGGUGUCCAAAAAGGUCAUAACCCGUAUUUGCCGGGUCAUGGAUAAAUCUUGCACGAAUCCCACGCAGUAUCUGGAGCAGCACAUGAUGUGGGACGAUAUUGCAAUACUCGGUCGGUACCUGCUCAUGUUGUCCUUCAACAACUGUUUGGAUGUGGCCACUUCGGUGCCGUAUCUAUUCCACACCAUCACGUUUUUGGUCUGUUCGGGAUCACUGUCGAUGCGAGCCUCAACCCAUGGCCUGGUAAUUAACAUCAUCCACUCGCUGUGUACCUGCACGAAUCCUUCCUUUUCGGAGGAGGCUCAGCGUGUCCUUCGACUAUCCCUGGAUGAGUUCUCACUCCCCAAGUUCUAUCUGCUCUUCGGCAUCAGCAAGGUCAAGUCAGCAGCAGUGACUGCAUUCCGUUCCAGCUGUCGUCAUCCCACGGAUAAGUGGCUUGGAAAUGAGAGAGUUACGCAACCUCUGCCUGCAGAUCGGGAGCGUUUAUCCCUUCCAUCCCUAGAGGUCAUUACGGAUGCCUUACUUGAAAUUAUGGAAGCUUGCAUGCGAGAUGUUCCGGACUGCGAAUGGCUUAACACCUGGACCUCCUUAGCCCGCAGUUUUGCCUUCUGCUAUAAUCCAGCUCUCCAGCCAAGAGCGCUAAUAGUUUACGGAUGCAUUAGCAAAAGUGUAACCGACCACGAAGUGAAGCAGUUGCUCCGCAUCCUGGUCAAAGCCUUGGAAUCAUUCAAUGAUCUCAUCCUGAUCGAAGCGCUAGUGAUGUGUUUGACUCGCAUUCAACCGUUACUGCGACCAGAGUCGCCUAUUCAUCGAGCCCUCUUUUGGGUUGCCAUUUCGGUACUGCAGCUGGACGAGAUUACCCUCUAUGGAGCUGGUCUUGCCCUGCUUGAGCAGAAUUUGCACACGCUCAAGUCACAAGGCUGCUUUGACAAGAAGGAGACCAUAGCCGAGGUAAUGAUGAAGACAAGGGAAAAACUGGAGUGGCACUUUAAGCAACUGGAUCAUGCCGUGGGUCUUUCAUUCCGCAGUAAUUUCCACUUCGCCCUGGUGGGGCAUUUGAUAAAGGGCUUCCGUCAUCCUACACCCACUACAGUUUCUCGCACUUCUCGAGUGUUAACCAUGCUGCUGGGUAUCAUAGCCAAGCCGCUGCAUCGGGACAAGUUCGAGGUGACGCCUGAUAGUGUGGCCUAUUUGACUGCUCUGGUGGCUGUCUCGGAGGAAGUCCGUUCAAGGUGUCAUGUGAAGCACGCCUUGCCCCGCUGGCCCGCCGAUCUGAGUAGCAGUGUGGAAAAUGGCGAAGCAUCAGGAGGAGUACAAGCCAUUGGCCUGCCCCUGUCUCGUCGACAAAAAAGUUGGGACAUUUUAGAUCAGUCCGCCUUGCAGUUUGCCCGCCAACACAAGGUUCCCACUCUUCAGAACGCGCGGGUUUUGUUCAAAACUCAACGCUCAUUCUCGGUGCCGACAACCAAAGAUCCAAAUAAUGCAACCGGCAUCGAAGAACGUCAGGAACGCGGCUCGCGUUCUUCGGUAUCUAAUGAGUCGAAUGUCCUGCUCGAUCCCGAAGUCUUGCCUGAUUUGUCCAUACAAGCCCUGGUGUUGACUGUCUUGGCCACUUUGGUCAAGUAUUCUUCGGAUGAGGGCGAAACGCGUGUUUUAUAUCAGUAUUUGGCCGAAGGAUCGGUGGUCUUUCCAAAGGUGUUCCCAGUUAUUCAUUCACUGCUGGAUCAAAAGAUUAACAAUAUUUUGUCAGUGUCACACGAUCAAGUAGUGCUAAACUCUGUACAGAACAUCAUACAAAAUAUGUUGGCCAGCGAAGAUCCCUCACAGCAGCAGCUUCACUUCCUACAAAGCUGUGGAUUUGGAGGACUCUGGAGGUUUGCGGGACCUUUCACCAAGUACAAUAUGAUGGGAGAAUCUUCUGAGCUGUUUGUCAACUGUUUGGAGGCCAUGGUUGAGACCUGUUUGCCAGGUGAUGAAUCCGCCCCGGUGCCACCAUCCCCGCGUCCCUAUAACCUUAGCUCCAGUCUAAGUAGCCUAACCCUGGGUUCCCCCACGGACAAAGCAUUCUCAUCGGAAUCAUUAGAUUUUUAUGACAAUUGCCCAGGCAGCGUCAGCAGCCUGCGCCGCGCCUCACACAGCAAAUCACGCGCCAAACAUCGAAUUAACGACAGCCCAUCACAUUAAACGUUCAACAAGUAAAAUACAAAAAAUAAAUUAAAAUAUAAAAACUGCAACUAAAGACAAACUAAGAAUAGCUGAAAACUAUGCCACAAAAUAACACCACGAUUGGUAACAAAUAUGUAUUUCGUAGUUAUAUAAGCUUUGCCAAAUGGAAUUAUAGUCCCAACACUCGAAACUAUUCAUUUUUGUAAUUUUAUGGACACCAUAUUUAAUAUGCAAAUUGUUAAACACAAAACCAACAAAAACCCCAAAAGGGAAUCUCACAAAGAUAAUGCACUUAAUCGUACACGCAUUAGCAAAUUGAUGUUGAAGAUUUGAGAAUAUAUAUUGAUGAUAAAUCUGGUACCUUGAAGCAUUUACAAAAUAUUUUCGAAAUCAUUUGGGUGAUUUAAAUGCACCUUAUGUAGCUCAGUAGUGUAGUGUUGUCAUAAAUAUUUGUUGUUCCAAAAAAUCUAAAAAAGUAAAAAAAUGUAAUUCACGAUAGCUAAAUUGUAACAGAGACCGAAAAUAUAUUUCUGAUAUUUGCAUGCCAAGAGCCUGUAAGAGAUUCAGUUUCCAGUAGCUAAUAAUAACUAAACACAGAAAAUACAUCAAGAUCAAGAUUUUUAUAUAUAUUUUCAUUGGAAAUUAUAUUUUUUACGAGCGAAUAGAUAAUUAAAGUAAAUUAUAAGUAUUUUUAAUAAUCUUCACCGCUUUUUUGCCCAGAUUUUCAUUUCACCACCCAACUAUUCCCUUCCUCGAUAUGUUUAUGCAACUUUUAUCUUACUUUCAGCUGCAUGAAUAACAACUACAAACCCGCGCACUAGACGUACCACACUAAUCGCAAAAGUAAUGCGUUUCCUAAAUCUGUUUAAAAAGUGCUUUUAGAGAACGUGAAAACCCCCACAGAAUGUCGUACAAAAAGAUAGAAUAUUUAUAUAUAUUGGUAUACGUAUGUAUAGAAUGUCCAGAACCGAUGGCCACUAAAUGCGAAAGGAGGAAAUGAACACGUUACUUGAUAUGUGUAAAAAUGAAUGUAUAUAAAAGUGUAUGUGUAGAAAAGAGAGAAUAGUGGAUCGAGGAUAUUGUAAGCCCCAUAUAGAACAAGAUAUCGAACGGAAAUAUUUUUAAACAUUUACCGAUUGUACAUUUACAAGUUUGCAAUCCGCAACAGCAACUAGGCACACGAAGUCCACCAGUUCCUGAGAAGAUGACCACGACCAGGCGAAACGGAGUUAACCAAGAAAGCGAUUAAAGGCAAAAUCAAACGAAACAAACAAAAGAAUAACUUAAAGCUUUAAGAAAACGACAUGUCCCCCCACAUGUCGUUUGCAUUGUUUUGUAUUAUAAAAAGAAUCUCCCCGCAGCAAAUGUAUCAGAUGGCAUUUAUUUUUUUGUAAUCUAAUUAUUUCUAAUUUUUUUUUUUUGUGUGAAACCAAGUUUAUCCUACAUUAGUCUUUACUAAUUUAUUUCAUCAGCAUAUUUUCCAAGAAAAUUCGAAAACACCAAAAACUAAACGAGAAUAAGCUUAAAAGAAACGACCCAGUCCGCUUUAAAUAUAAUUUAGUUUUUAAGCACAAACCAAGAUUUUAAUCGAAAUAGAUUUAAUAAGCGAAAAGAAUCGAACCAAAAUAAAACCUUACGAACGUUACACAUUUGUACCUCUUAUUAAACAAUAAACGAAACAAAUUAGUCGGUUAUACUAAAUUUCUAGCACAUGGAUUUUAAACUGUAUUUGGCGUUACCCGCAUAUUAAACAUGAACAAUUUUUUAACUAAAUGAGCGAAUUAUGGAACAGGAUUCUAUACAAUAUUAUUAAUCUAAAUGUAUAUGUGUGUGUUGCUAUAUGUGUAUUAAACGAAUAUGUAUCUUUGUAUAUUAAAGCCACUUGAAGAUAUUUAUGAAAUGUUAAUGUCCCCAAAACUAUCACUGUACAAGAAUAUCGAACAAAUUUAAAUACUUUCAAUUAAAAUGUUUAAUGAUUAUAA